AGAAUAAAUAGCUUCAAUGGGCAAGUUUAUAUAAUCACAAUGAGUUAUUAUAACUAUUAGAACUUUGAGUACAUCAUAGCUUGGUACAAACACCUUAACACCUUGAGGUUAUCAGCGUCAACACUUCCCAGAACGUCGCUUUAUUAGUAUGAGCCUCUCAAAUCAAAUCAACAUAACUCAUCAAGAAAUAUGAAGCUCUCCUCCAGCUUCCUUUUGCCAUUGUUGGCCAGUACAGUUUGUGCCGCAUCAGAUUCCGCUCUUGCCUAUAUCCUCGAAGGCCAACAAAAGCCAAACAACCUCAUAUCACCUCCAGCUCUUUCUCCAAAUGAAGCACGCCUCGUCCUCGCGCAACGAUUAGGCGUAUCACAAUUUCACGAUGUCGGAUCGGUUGGCAGUGAGGCCAUUAAAUACAUCAAUAAGUUUGGAGGUCAACUGAAAUCAUUAUUCAACGAUGCGCCAAAAGACAGGGCGGCUGAGUUGGUUAUCAUCGUUGAGGGUGUAUCCGAAGAGACGGCUGGAUCACUACUAGACUCGUUAUCUUCUAUCAAACCAGCAUUCACAAUCUCAAAUCCACCUACAGCUAGGACGACAGAAAAGUUGGCAGAUGAUUUGGAAUUGCAAGUCGGAAAGGCGAAGAAAUGUACUCUUGACGAUGCUAUCAAUCCAUUCGCAGAUCAAUGCUGGAAUGGAAAAUCAAAGAUUAUGCACCUUGACUUGAAUAGAAAAUCAGAGCACAAGGAGUUUAUCAACACAUCUUACGAACGAUUGACCAAAUUCGCCUCAAAAGCAGAAAUGAAUGUUAUGGUCGUUCUCAUGCCUGAAUCCCGCCGAGGUAGCGGCUCUUACGGUUCUUAUACUAGACCCUCACAAAAGAAGCUCUCUAGCAGACAACAAUUCGAAGAACCAAUGGCUGAGUUUGUCGACCAUCAAGUACAAGAAGCCCCAAGUUCCAAUUCUUCCCGCAACAACAAUACCGUCAUCAAGACAACUCUUCCCGUUUGCCACGCUUCCCUGGACUCCUGUAUCUCUUCUACCAAUAACUGCUCAUCAAUGGGCGCUUGUUAUAAGAAAUACACCUCCCAAUCUGGGGAUUGUUUCGCCUGUAGAUGUGGCGUUGAUUCAGGACGUGGAGGAUCCGCUUGUCAAAAACAAGAUAUCAGUGGGCCAUUCUGGUUAAUUUUCCUUUCCAGUCUCGUUCUCGUUGGACUUGUUUCAUGGGGAAUUGGUAUGCUAUAUAGCAUUGGUGAUGAAAAAUUGCCUGGCGUUAUUGGUGCUGGUGUUUCUUCCGGCAAGACAAGAUAAAUAUUUGUAUGACUUCUAGAAAAUAUGUAUGCUUAGGAUCGAAGAUUGAGAAAUUUGAAGGGCUUUCAUUUUGUCAGGGUUGGCGUUUCAUAUGAAGAAGGGAGAGCUGGAGAGACUUGUAUUUGUUUGUCUAGGCUGGCUGUAUAGUGGCCAGUGUAUAGACACGACGUGUCACUUAUUUAUAGCAAUGAAAUUUUAUCAGUCCUUAUUAUCUUUU